UUAUUUUGGUUUCAAAUAUUUAUGCCCCCAAAGUAGCUCCAUAAGUCCAGUCAAUGUUCACUCACUUUCACUGCGUUAAACAUCCACGCGGCCUCGCGCCCAUACUGUCUCACUUCUCGCGAGGAGACAGAUGAAACGCGAUAGUUUUGGGUCGCCUCAAACCUGCAUCCAGGAUCGCUGUUUAGGCAGCAGCAGCAGCAGCAGCAGCAAUGGCCGCGUUCCGCAGAGCGGCAGCCCUCACCGGGAGGCUGCGGCUAUGGUCGGUGUCUGGAGGGGAGCUCCCCGGUGGGCGGGCCGCUAGCAGGGCGCGGGUCCAGCGCUGUCUGACGGUCGGUUUGUGCGUGACUGCGGGGAGCGCGGCGGUCCUUUACUUCUAUCGCGGCAGAAAGACAGCCAGCAGCUCCCUGAUCAACGGCUGGCGUCCGUCCAUCCCGACCGUGGAGGCCAAGGAGCGGGCACAACCGUUUAAUAUUGAGGAGGGGGACGUGUACAUUUCCUCCCAUGAGCAUCGGUUCCAUAUGUUCAGUUCAAUGGAGUAUGAAGGCCAGCUGUACAUGACUCCCCAGAACUUCAUCGAGUCCGUUACAAUGAGUGAACCCAGAGACAGGAGGCCCUGGAGGUCCUUGACCAAACAGGAGUUGGAGAAGAUUCUGUCAGACACUCCUCCGGUGUGGAGGGGAUCCUCCAAACUGUUUCGAAAUCUUAGAGAACAAGGCAUCAUCUCAUACACGGAGUACCUGUUCCUGCUGUGCAUCCUGACCAAGCCUCACGCUGGCUUCAAGAUUGCUUUCAAUAUGUUUGAUGCGGACGGCAACCAGAUGGUGGACAAGAGGGAGUUCUUGGUGCUUCAGGAGAUUUUCAGGAAGAAGAAUGAGAAGAAAGGAAGGCGAGGAGAUGCUGAGAAAUCAGCCCAGUUGAGUAUGCAGCUGUAUGGAUAUCAGGUCACCCCCAUAAACAGUGUGCUUAAAAAAGACUGUCAGGAGUUUGUGGCGCGGAGUUACUGGGACGUUUUGAGGCGAAGUGCCAGCCAAGUCCUCUUUUCUGACCUGUCAGAGGAUUUUGUUCUUGAGCGAUCAGAUGAGAACAUCACAAUUGACACAACAUUACUGGUGCACUUCUUUGGGAAGAAAGGAAAAGCUGAACUUACCUUUGAGGAUUUCUACAGGUUCAUGGAUAACCUCCAGACAGAGGUGUUGGAAAUUGAGUUUCUGACCUACUCUAAAGGAAUGACAACCAUCAGCGAGGAAGACUUCGCCAAAAUCCUCCUGCGCUUCACAAACGUGGAGAACAUCAGUUCUUACCUGGAAAAUGUUCGCCAGAGUAUCCCAGAUGAGAAGAAGCAGGGAAUCACCUUCGACGAGUUCAGGUCUUUCUUCCAGUUUCUAAACAACCUUGAAGACUUUGCCAUAGCCAUGCAGAUGUAUAACUUUGCAUCUCGUUCAAUUGGACAAGAUGAGUUUGCACGAGCGGUGUAUGUGGCCACAGGGCUCAAGCUCACACGUCACCUCGUCAACACCAUUUUCAAGAUCUUUGAUGUUGAUCACGAUGAUCAGCUCUCCUACAAGGAGUUCAUCGGGAUCAUGAAAGACAGGCUGCACAGGGGAUCCAGGAGCUAUAAAGCGGUGGAGAGAGCCACCUCCUUUAGAUCCUGCCUGAAGAAGGAGCUGGCAAGCAGAUAAGUGUGAAGAGCUGGUGCCACACCUCCUACUCCGACUGUCCAGAAGACAGCAACCUCGGCAGGACUACAGAGAAAACCUGACGAGACAGAACUCACUCUUAGCAAUCAGCUGUGACUGUGAAAGGCCAGCUUUAGAAAAACAACGUCAUGCAUGGACGUAACAUCGUCUGCAAGAAUCCUCCUUUAGAUGCUGUUUGCCCAGACAAAACACCCGACCUGAUGGCAUCCGCCACCGUCACAUGCUCCUCCUUUAUUUAAAGAAACAUAUAUUGUUAUUAAACAUUAUACUAUAUGAGCCUUGAUUAUUGAUUAUUUUAUUGUUUGACUCAUUUGGCACUUAUUUUUAUUGUUACGAUAGUUAAAAUUCAUCCACUGAAAUAUUGUUUUGUAAUGUAACAAACACUGUUCUGUUGCUUGCCUGUAGAUUAGCUGCUACAUUCUAAACUGUGAUAAUUGCUGAAACAGCACAAAUAGAAAGGUAAGGGCAUGUGUGUGUCUGUAUCACUUUUUCAUCAAGGAUCACAGCCUUUAUAAACCAUCUCCCUGUUCAGUCACACACUGAUAUGCUGAUGCUGCUUUUUACAAACAGAUUAUUAUCAAACAUAUUAUAAUAUAAGAUACAAAUAGGUAAUGAAACUAAAUGCAUGAAAAUUGUCCAACAGGUGUGUUUUUCUGAUGAAAUGCGUUUCUGGUAUUUUUUAAUAAUGUAUUUGAUUUAUUCUUUUUAUAUUGUGUUCUUUUUAACAGCUGGUUUAUGAUGUAGAAACAACACAAAGUCAAUUAGAAAUACCUUGAGUGUUCUGUGCAUGACAGACAUACAUGACUAUUUUAUAAGGAACAUACUCUUCUGGUCCAACUCAUGGCAGGAAACCGGUUCCCAAAUCAAACAUAUGAAUUUAUGAUGAAAUAAAACGUUUAAGGAUUUGUUUUAUUACACAUUCAAUUAUUUUAUCUGUAUUGUGAUCACUGACCAUGCACAUUAGAAGCUUCCAGACUUGGGCUGGGUUAAUAAAAUCAAUUAAUCAAUUUGAAUCGAUUUAAGCUUAACAGAUCAAUAAUUGAUUCAUAAAGAUAUAAAUUGAUCGAGCACAUAAGCUAAAGUCCACUAGCUUGAUGCUAAUGUUUAUUGAAUUUCCUAUAGGACGGCUAAUGCUAACGCUUGGUCGACGUAAACAUACAUUGCUGACUAAAUGAACAUCUUUAUAAACUCACAGACAUGAACUUUACAAACUUUUUUAAGGAAAUAUUGUUAAAGUAACCACUUGUGUUCCAAA